CGUCUUUUUAGCAGAGUGCCCGACUCCCUCUGACUGCUGCACCAUGAGAGCUCUUGUGUUUUUGCUGGUGGUGGCUGUGGCCAGUGCCAAGGUGUUUGACAGGUGUGAGCUGGCCAGGACACUGAAGGCUGCUGGGAUGGACGGCUACUACGGGGCAACCGUAGCAGACUGGGUCUGUCUGUCCAAGUGGGAAUCCAGCUACAACACUCAGGCGGUCAACCACAACACAGACAAAGAUCACUCGACAGACUACGGGAUCUUCCAGAUCAACAGCAAGUGGUGGUGCAACGAUGGGAAAACCUCCAGGGCAAAGAAUGCCUGCAACAUCAAUUGUGAAGCCUUGAUGUCCGAUAACAUCCAGUCAGCCAUUACCUGUGCCAAGCGUGUGAUCAGGGAUCCCAACCGCCUCAGUGCAUGGGUGGGUUGGCGUAACCAUUGCAAGGGUCAAGACCUCACCCAAUAUAUUGCAGGUUGUGGACUGUAAACAGUGAAAAAGUCUGGACCUUUCACUGACAAAACUUAAACAAUGGCUGUCAUUCAUUCAUUCAUUCAUUCAUUCAUUCAUUCAUUCAUUCAUUCAUUCAUUCAUUCAUUCAUUCAUUCAUUCAUUUCCUAUGGAUGAUGUACACAUAUCUAU